AUGUCGAAUCAACCUAUUCAAGCGAGAGUGCCGGGGACGAGUGAGGAGGAGCCAUUGCUUGGGAGUAGGGGAGAUGCCAGUCUGCCGGAGGGUAGGCCGUUGUAUUGGAACUUGAUACUUGGUACCGGAGUUAUCGCUCAAGCCGGAGCCUGGAUCAUCGUCGCCAUAGUCUGGGGCUCCGUCUUCUGCAACGACCUCAUCCUCUUCUCCGCCCACCCUCUCCUCAACUCCGCCGCCUUCCUCUUCUUCCUCCAAGCUAUCCUGAUCCUCCAACCCACCCACACCGCAAAGCAAAAGAAACAGGGCACAUACACGCACGCCGCUCUGAACGAUCUCGCCGCCCUCCUCGCCAUCGCAGGCCUCAUCGUAAUCGAGUACAACAAGUUCGCCCACAACGGAACGCACUUCGAGUCCCCUCACGCGAUCUUGGGGCUGAUUACGUACAUUCUCGUGCUAUCGCAGGCGGUGGUGGGGAUUACGCAGUACCUUACGCCGGCACUGUACGGAGGCGUGGAUAAUGCGAAGGCGAUGUACAAGUAUCAUCGUGUUGGGGGUUAUGUUACGAGUGUGGUGAUGCUCGCGACGAUUUGCAUGGCGAGCACGACCGAUUUCAAUAAGAAUGUAUUGGGGAUGCAGCUUUGGGCGUUGGUUGUGGCGAGUGUGGUGGUGCUUGUGGGGGUUGUGCCGAGGGUGAGGUUGAGUAAGUUUGGGUGGUUGGCUGGACAGUAG